GGUACACAAAUAGGUCCAAACAGCAUGUUAACUUAUAAUAGAGUACAAAGCAUUCAGGUUACUGCACUUUGGCAGGUAGAGAGCUCUAUGAGACAUAACCUAUACGUGUACUUCAACAUAUUUUAAAUUUAUAUGAUAAACUUUAGGAGGAGAAUACAAAUUUAAACAGAAUUAUGAAAAGCCUACCUGUAUCUAAUGUGGGCAUUUCUAAUGUUGGUCACGAUAAGGGAAAAGACUGAAGUCUGACUGCCUGACUUUAACAAGACCACUUUCCAAGAUGGCUACAUACUCAGCAAAAGCAGGCACAGCAAGCAGAGCUGGAGGUUAUGUUACUGACAUAGGAAAUGUAACAGAUAAACUGCUAAUAUGUUCUGUGUGCAAGGAAAAAUUAAAGGAGCCAAAGUUUCUUCCAUGUCUCCAUACAUUCUGUGCUCAAUGUCUGCUGGAUAAAACAGCAGACAAAGGAGAAGGGGAGAGGUUUCUCUGUCUGGAGAAGGAAUGCAAGGCAGACGCAAUCCUCCCACCAGGGGGAGCAAUGGAAUUUCCAGACAAUCUCUUCUUGGCUAACAUCAUUCAGUCUCGGCAUCCCAGUGAGAUGGACCACCUGUGUGAUUUCUGCAAACACCAAGAGAAAGAGGAGCCGGCUGUGGCAAGAUGCCUGCAGUGUCGUGAGUUUUUAUGUGCAGACUGCGCUGACAUGCACAACCAGACUUCACUCACAAUCUCGCAUGACGUACGAGCACUAAAUAAUCUCAGCUCUGCGACCAUCCAAGGAAAUAUCCUACAUAAUGGUACAUCUCAUAACAGAGGAGAUGCCUGCAUCAUUCACCCUGACCAAACAGUACAGUUCUACUGUUACCAGUGCAAGUCACCUGUAUGUGAAAAUUGUCUGGAGGAAGACCAUAAUGGACACAAGAAAAUCAAACUGCAGUCUCUGGUUCAGCAGUACAGAGGACAGGCCUUAACGUUGGUGGGGAAACUCCAAAACAAACUGGUAGACAUACAGCAACUCUCUAUGAGUUAUGAUACACGUUUGGCAGCAAGAAACAUAGACCAAGUGAAGGCGCAGAUACAGGAAACCAAGCUGAGCAUGUUCAAAACCUUGGAAGAUGAGGAACGCAGGCUAAUAGCAGAGAUCGACAAAGCAUUCAAAUUGAAUGAGAGACAAGGAAAAGGCACCAGCUUUCAAAAGGCCAUCCAAGGACGGGAGUACGACCUCAGGAGCAGUACAGAGAUCACAGGAGCCGUGCUUGACCAUGGCAGUAAUACUGAGCUGGUUUACAUGCAGCCUUCUAUCAAGGCUCGUUUGGAGGCCCUGGACAGGGUCCCGAUACCCAUCAUCCCUCAGCAACUGUCCUUCCACUUUAAUCCUGCACCCAAGCCUCUACUGGGGACAUUACAAGUCGAAACCCUUAAACCCAAACAAGGGGGCAAGACACAGAAGCAAUAUGAAGAAAUGGCAAAGAAAAUGGUGCCAGGCACAAAAGUGAAAAGAGGAAGAGACUGGCGCUAUGGCAAUGAGGAUGGUGACCCCCCUGGUCAGGGGAAGGUGGUGGACCAGUUAUUUGGCCUGAAUGGCCAGGACACAGAGGUCAGUCACAUUAAAGUGAAGUGGGACAAGAGUGGACGAACAGAAAAAUACAGGAUGGGGGCAGAUGGCUGCUACGACCUGCAAUUAGCAUAAUCAGUAGCCAUUUCAUCAAUCAUGGUUCAUCCUUUUAUGGGUCAAUUAAUGAUAAUAUUAACUUUAAA